CAUUUAUGUACAAAACUUUCAACGUUAAAUAAUUGUUUCCGGUUACAUUGGGGGUCAAACAGAGGAGAUUGCACAUUACUAUAUCACAAUGCUUAUUCGGAGGGUUUUACAAUGUGGAAUGACUGCAUUAAAAUCAAGUAGAUCCAUCCACCAAAGUGCUUCAUGGAGAAGUCCUCUCAUACCUAUUGUUGUGGAACAGACGGGUCGAGGAGAGCGAGCAUAUGACAUUUACUCUCGUCUCCUGAGGGAGAGGAUCAUUUGUGUUAUGGGGCCUAUUGAUGACUCCGUAGCCAGCCUGGUCAUCGCUCAGCUUCUCUUUCUGCAGUCGGAGAGCAAUAACAAACCCAUCCACAUGUACAUCAACAGUCCCGGCGGCGUUGUGACGGCAGGCCUGGCCAUUUACGACACCAUGCAGUACAUCCUCAACCCCAUCUCCACGUGGUGUGUGGGCCAGGCGGCCAGCAUGGGGAGUCUGCUUCUGUCUGCAGGCACGGCGGGCAUGAGACACUCCCUGCCCAACGCCCGCAUCAUGGUGCACCAGCCCUCUGGAGGAACCAGGGGUCAGGCUACAGACAUUGCCAUUCAGGCGGAGGAGAUCUUGAAGCUGAAGAAACAGAUCAAUCAGCUGUACGCAAAACACACCGGUCAGCUGUUAACAACUAUAGAGGGUGUGAUGGAGAGAGAUCGUUACAUGAGCCCCAUUGAGGCGCAGGACUUUGGGAUCAUUGACCGGGUGUUAGUUCAUCCUCCUCAGGCGGGCCAGGACGACCCAGAGCUCGUGCAGAAGGAGCCACCGGCCCCAACCAGCCCCUCGCCAACCUCAGAAACUCUUGCCCCCGAGCCUGGGACCCCUGGGGCCAACCCCACCUCCUCUUACAAACCUGAACCCUGAUCUCUCUCGGUUCUGAAGUAGGAGUCCCACACCCAAUCACAAACCAGCCCUUAGUUUCUGCCUGCCUAGGCCUUCUGUAAAUCCUCCUGUACAAUGUUGGAGUGGAUUGGAAUAUAAAAUAGCGGCUCCAAUGUGGAGCCAUUUCCAUGUUGGUUCUACUUAUCCAAUCCUUUGAGAACUAUGGAAGUGCUUUGUGGAUGGGGGCUAGGUGUUGUACACCUCUGGCUGGGAAAACCUCAGGUAGAGAUGAGCCAGUGCACAGGAAUGGAAAAUCAACCUCAGAUGUCUGUCCCUCUCUAUAGAAACUGAUUUACAGUUUACCCACCACAAACCCAUAUUAAUAAAGCAUAGCACACAGGGAUUUCCAUGAAAACUCAUUCAUUAUGACCAACAAGGUAACUUAUCCUAGAUCAGCACUAUUGUUCUGAGAUGCAUUAUGAAAACAAAUGUAACAAAAACACCCGCCCACCAAAUAUUGUGUAUCAAAUUAACUGAAAUAAUACUGUUUUCAAUAUCCAUGUCAUCCCACAAUGUUGUGUCCCAAGGGAUUUGUGAUAUUAAAGAAUGUGAUGUCAACUUUA